AUGGAAAGAUGUAAAGCAAAGCGUAUUGUCAAACCGAUUGUUUAUGGAAAUACAGCUUCACUUCUGUUAAAAAAGCGUGAAGAAGAUAAUCAUACGCAUGAAUGGACGGUAUUUGUUAAGCCAUAUUAUGUGGAGGAUUUGUCAAAAUUUAUUCGUAAGGUGCAGUUCAAGCUACAUGAGUCGUAUUCGAAUCCAUCCAGAAUCGUCGAGAGGCCACCUUUCGAAAUCACUGAAACUGGUUGGGGUGAAUUUGAAGUUCAGAUACGAAUUUUUUUUGUGGAUGUCAAUGAAAAACCUCUCACAGCAUUCCACUAUUUACGAUUAUUUCAACCACAGGUUACAUUAACAAACGGUAAAACAAUAGUGGCCGCCGAAUAUUAUGAUGAAAUAAUAUUUCAAGAGCCCACAGUUUUUAUGUAUAAAGCACUGACAAGUGUCGAAGGACGAAAAUAUGAUCAGAAACGUUUUCAUACUGAUUUUAUACAUGUGCGAAAGCGAACUCUAGAUAUGAUUAAUAAUGCACGAGCUGAAAUUGGUAAAGAAGUUGAUGAUCUUAGAGAUUCAUUGCGUGCAGCUCAUAAUCUUAUUGAAAAAUAUCGUAAAGAAGUCGAAAAUUUAGAAACUAUGGUUAACAAUUCCGAUUCCAAUCAGUUUUCGCUUGGCAAUGGGCAGGAUACCGAUACUAAUGGUACCAAUGACUAA